AUGUAAGUAUUGGAAUUUCACAUUUAUGAAACAUAAUGGAUGUUACAUAAAGGUAAAUAUAAAUGCUUUAUAAACAUCUCUGAGAAACAUCUUACCCAUCAUUAUUAGUAGAGUGAACUCCCAGGAAUCCAACUUUAAAUGUAAUUAAUACGUCGAUUGCUAUAUUGUCGAUUGAAAGUUAUGCGUAAACAUUUUCUAAAGUUCAAUACAAAAUAGGGUCGGAUACUAACUCAAUUAGAUCAUUGUAUGCAACUUUGUCAUACAAUGUAGAAUUACUUAGCUAAAUGUUAAGAUGUACUAACUGAGCGUGAGAAUCCUUCUAACCGCAAAAAUAAAUUCAAGUUAUUAGGAGAUAUGUAUUCACCAAGAGGCAAUUCUAAACUUAAAUAAUUUUUAGUAGAAUUUGAACAUGAGCCUUGGGAUAAAAAGUCGCUUGUUUGGUUAAGAUAUUAAGAACAAGAACUUUUCAUUUCCAUUUAAUAAAUAUUAAUGUUCCACUAUUUGUACUUUAAAAUGACCAAUAUUAAAGAAGCCAUUCGCUUCUUACAUAAACUAAUUUAACUUAAAUUUGUAAAAACUCAAAAAUCAGUUACAAUAUAUCAUGAAGCACUAACUCUCCUACAUUCAGCUUAUUUUGAAAAUUCUUAUGUAUUUUAAAAUUAAUUCUUUGAUCCCAUAUCAGAAAUGCUAAUUAAUUCUAUCCGUGAGUAUUAUCGUCCUAAUUCGAAUUAGAACAAAUGCAAAAGAUAGAUGAAACAUUAUGCUUAACUUCUUAUAAUCAAUUUAGAUUUAUAAAGUAAAUCAUUAGAAUACAAGGAUAAAUAUGAUGAAUCAGCAUUAAUGAUCUCCAUGGCCAAUUAUUUAUGCCAACACAUAUUGAUUUUUGUAGGUAAACAAGAUGAAUUAAUCAAUUACAUUAAAUAUGAAUACGAAUACAAACAUGAAAAAUAUGAAUAGAUCAUUCUUGAAUAAUAAGAUUUAAAUUAAUUUGUCUCAUUUUUAUAUGGAAUCCAAAAAAAAUAAAUAUUCUAACCAAAACAACAAUUUCCUCAUUAAACUAAAUAUGAUAUCAAUAAUAAGAAUGUUUACAUAUAUCAUCACUCUAAAGCCAAAAGUGAUUUUAAAGUAUAGAAAUUGAAGGAUAUUUCAAAAGAAGCUACAAGAGAUGGUAGUUUAUUUAUACCUAAUUCUCCUUCUUGUAGUAGGGAUAAUACAUAGAGAUUAAUCACUAAAUCACAUAAACAUAAAAGAAAGAGACAUCAAGAAAAUUAAAGUUAUUUGAGUAAAUUAAUAUAUUUAAGAAGUCUAUCUGAUUAUAAAUUGGAUCAAAUGAAUGUAGAGACUGAUCUCUAAAAACAUUUAAAAGGUUUGGAAGAAACUUUAUAAAAACUUGAACAUCCAAAUUAAUUUUAAUCAAUAGAUUAGGUAUUUAAUUAAAAAAUUGAAUCGAUAACUUUUGAAAAGUGUUUAACAUUAGAACAGGUUAAAGAAACAGCUAAAAAAAUAAUAGCUGCAGAAUGGGAAGUUCAUAAAGAAAUGCCAGUGACAAAGAGUUUGAUGAAAUCAAUCUCAGUUUCUGACAUUCAAUUAGAAAAACUAUAAGAAUAAUAUAGCAAAUUAUAAGAAUACAUUGAGUUAUAGAAAAUAGAUUAUCAUAAUACUUAGAAAGAUUAAGCUUAAUUGAUUAUGAAAGAGAAUUAAGAUUUGAAGAAAUUAUAAUUGAAUCAAUAAAAAUAUUAGAUGAAAUUAAGACAUUAAAAAGUAUAAUAGUAAUUUCAAAUACCUAAGAAAUUAUUAAAUUUAUAAACUGAUGAAGCAGGAUUAUCUCCUAAAUUUAUAAAGCGUAAUACUUAAAUUUUAAAUUCUUAUAAAACAACCAUCUUUGAAAGAAUGGAUCCAAAGUAAAGACAAAACAAAGAAUAUUAAACUGCUUAAAAAUAAUUAAUGGAUUUGAUGGUAUCCAAUCUCGAAUAGAGGGAUGAAUUAAAUUCAAAGAAACUUAACUAAUUUAUAAGUGUUUUACCUAAAUCAGUAACAAGAUUACCAUCACCAAAGAAUUUAGAUACUUAUUCAUAAAGAUCAGAUCAUAAAAAAUCAUUCGCCUUUUCUAAUAAUUCAACUAGAAUUGAAAUAACUAAAUUUUGA